AUGAGGACCCUGGCCAUCCUCGCCACCCUUCUCCUGGUGGCUCUGUAGGCCCAGGGUGGGCAAUUGCAAGAGACAGCUGAGCAGGCCCCAGCCGAGGAGCAGCCUGGGGUGCAGGACCAGGAUGUGGCCAUCUCCUUUGCAGAGGAUGAAAGCUCAGGUCUCAGAGCUGCAGGCUCAACUAGGCGCUUGUCCUGCUACUGCAGAAGAGGAAGCUGUCCUCGGCCAGAGCGCACCUAUGGGACCUGCACCUCCGGGGGCCUCCGCUACACCUUAUGCUGCCGCUGA